UGGGAGGCGCUGUGUUCUCCUUCAUAUCUGUAUGAGCUGUCCACGUCCCCGUGUAUUGCGCGGGUCUAUGUGUCGGCAAAAAAAUAGGAAAGAAAACUUAACUAAAAAUGGCGGAAGGCGCGACGUCUCUGAAAGGGCUGCGAGCUCAAAUGGCUGCAGCUGCGCAGGCGCAGGCAGAGGAGCGGCGCAGUCAGGCGGGGAGCAGCCCUGCGUCUGCACCUUCACCUUCACCAAGCACAGCGAAGCCUCAGGGAGCACGCCCAGUGAUCGACGGCGCGGCUCUGAAGACGGACGAGAGGCUGCGCGUGGCCAAAGAGCGGAGGGAGGAGCAGGAGAAGCAGCAAGCGGCGCGCGAGUCGCAGAUCCUGGAGCGCGAGCGCAAAACCCGGGCGCAGUACGAGCGGCAGGUGGAGGAGCGGCAGCGCAAGCUGGAGGAGCAGCGCAGGAAGGAGGAGCAGCGGCGGGCGGCGGUGGAGGAGAAGCGGAAGCUGAAGCAGGAGGAGGAGAAGGAGCACUACGAGGCGGUGGUGCGGCGGACUCUGGAGCGCAGUCAGAGGCUGGAGCACAGGCAGAAGAGGUGGUCCUGGGGAGGCGGGAUCACUGCAGACGCUGAGAACGGGAGCGGUGGUGCCGACGCCCCCUCCUGUCCCAUAGCUAUAAUCGUGUCUCCCUGCUCUCCUGAGGGGCCUCAGAAGACUCAACAAGCUGACAAGCGCUGUACGUCCACCAUGAACCUGAAACCGCCAGGCGAUUCGCUCAUCAGCAAGCGCCUGUCCUCCUCCUCUGCCACCCUAAUCAACUCUUCUGACAAGCGUCCUAAGCGACGGAGCUCGUCUUUAAACCGGUUGCCUAGUAACGCGUCCCAGCCUGCUAAGGACAGCAGCCUCCCCAAGCAGCCUCAGGUGGAGCAGACAGGCCUCACGCUGAAGAGGCGGAGCUCCUCCCUCACUCGAAUGAGGGGCCAAUCGCAGCCUUCCCCUAAACUAGAACAAGGCACCAAGGACCAAUCAGCUCGUCGCGCCCUGGCCAGCCCCGUGGACAGCGGCGUCCUGAGCCGCCUGCUCACCCCCACCCAGGCCUCGCUCGCCCGCAGCAAGAGCGCCGCCGCGCUCUCCGCGGAAGGAUCCGACGCCCAAGAGUCUCACCUCUGUCCUCGUUCAGCCUCAGCCAGCCCCCUGCAACCCCCCAGGGGUCCCCUCCGCAGCAGAAGCACCGACCGCAAGGGCCCCCCGUCCUCCACGUCCUCCGACGGGGCCCCCGAUGCCACACAGAAAGCAGAGGAGAAGCGAUUCUCUUCGCCCGGCUGGAAGCGCCCGUCCUCGCCCUCCAACGUGCCCGGACGCCGCCGGUCGCCCUCCCCCUCGCCCUCCGCCACUGGCAGGAGAACGCCGUCCCCCGGCCCGGCCAAGCAGAGCCCCCGGGCCCGCCCCCCCUCCCCCUGCGGACCCAGACAGCGCCCCGCCUCCCCACAGCCCCCCGCCUCCAAACCCCGCCCAUACAGCGCCCCGCCCUACCCCCACGGGCCCCCCACCCUGCGUAAGCGUGACCCUAAACCCAAAGAGGGCUCCCCCAUGCAGCCCCUCAUCCCCCCCCAGCCGCCGGAGACGCCCCCCACUAACGGCACGCCUGGCAACAAGACCAAAGAUGACUCCAGCGCCAAGGCCGUGGCGGGAACUACCUCGGCCGAGGAGGCCGCCAAGAUCCUGGCGGAGAACCGGAGGCUUGCGCGCGAGCAGAAGGAGAGGGAGGAGCAGCUGAAGCUCCAGAGGGAGGAAGAGGAGAGGCUUAGAAAGGAGGAAGAGAAGCGCUUGGCAGAGGAGGAGAGGGCAAAGCAGCUGGAGGAGGAGAAGAGGAGGGCCGAGGAAAAGAGGAGAGAGGAGGAGGAGCAGGCUCGGCUGGAGGAGGAGGAGAGAGUGCGCCGGGAGCAGGAGGAGGAGGAGAAGCUUGCGGAGCUGCAGAAAGAGCGUGAGGAGGCGGAGGCCCGGGCGCUGGAGGAGGCGGAGAAACAGCGGGAGGAGAGAGAGAGGAUCAUGCAGCAGAACCAGCAGGAGCGCUUGGAGAGGAGGAAGAGAAUUGAGGAGAUAAUGAAGAGGACCAGAAAAACAGAACAGAACGAUCUCAAGAGAGACGACAAGGGCAUGUCUGACCUGAACGGAGAGGCGGACAAUUACACAAACCAGGAAGCGAAAGGAGAGGGGCUUGUAGAUGCUGCAGACAGUACGGACCAGGAGUGCAGUUCACAGAAGCUGAUCUCACAUUCAGGAGAGCCAAUAGCAGAGAGGCUGAACCCAUUUUCAGAAGAACCAAUGACAGAGAAGCUGACUCCAUAUUCAGGAGAGCCAAUGGCAGAGAAGCUGAACCCAUUUUCAGAAGAACCAAUGACAGAGAAGCUGACCCCAUUUUCAGGAGAGCCAAUAGCAGAGAAGCUGAACCCAUUUUCAGAAGAACCAAUGACAGAGAAGCUGACCCCAUAUCGAAGACAUACAGAGAUGCCUACAUUCAGGAACAAUGAGACAAUGCAGAGACUGACCCCAUAUUCAGAAGAGCCAGUAGCAGAGCAGGAGGGGCCCUUUGGGAACAUCAAUGGAAAAGAGGGUGAUGGAACGGAGAAAUACGUCAGCACAUGCCCAGAAGAGCCUGCGGAACACAGUCUAAGCCCGAAUCCUCAGGUGACGGAGGGCCCUGAGCUGGCCUGUAGCCCCACCCCUGAGGGGUGCGGGUUGGAGGGGCUGGAGUUCCUGAACGAGGACGCCCCCCCCGUGGAGGCGGAGCUCCCGGGCCUGAAGGGCAAGGCCGGCACCUGGAGCUUCGAGGAGCUCAUCGACCUGGGCGUCCACACCAAGGCCCACGCGCUCAUCGACGGGGACGGGCGCGGCCAGGGCCUUCUGGAGCACAACGGGGUCCCCGAGGGGCCCCGCGUGGCCUUCGAGGAGAAGGGGAACGGAGUCAGCCCCCCCAUCCAAGCCCUGUCCGAGAUGUGAGCCCUGGGCCCCCAGAAGACCUGUGAUUAUUGCACUCCUGCAGUCCUGUCUCACACCUUCCAGUUCCAGCCCAGCCCCUUCAACUGGACAGACAGACAGAUGGAUGGACGGACGGACACAGGCUGGGGGAGGACCACAGGAGGAAAGGAUCCCAAACGGAGGAAUUUGGAUUUUGCUAACUUUGCACCUCAAAGAUAAAAAAAUUAUAAUAAUUUUUAAAAGCUUCAGGGAAAAUAUAUUCCUUCCUUACUUCUCCAGGUCUCUUCCUAGCACAGAUGGUCCUGUUUUUAUAUCUCAUUAUUACUGUGUUGAUACUGUGAGGAGUGUGUUAUAACUUAUUCUGAUGACAUCCUCACCGUUUAUUCCUCCGAUACCAUUGUUGUUUUUUUUCGUCUUGUUUUGGUUGGUUUUGAUAAAUUCCAGGAAACGGGUCCAUUCUACACGCGUGUGCUUGAAGGAGUUUGUGUCUGAUGUAGAUCAGAAGAAACGUCACGACUGAACCUUAAAACCAUAAAACGUCACUGCUCCAGCUUAGUGUAGGAUUAAGUUAUUGGGUUUUAAUUUUGAAAGUGACGCAAGCAGUAAGGGCGGGGUGUCCUUCCUGUGGGCGUGUCCUGGUCCAGUCGUCGCACCGACCAGUUACGACAGAGUGCCGACUCCUAGUCUAAGCGAAGAAUGCGUCUGCAUGUUUAAGAGGGGGAUGAAGAGUAUAUGGUGAGCCUCUGGAGGUUUAACUCAGCUAGAAGACAGGGAAGGCUUUUUUCUGUCCUCUCUCCCCCCGGGGGGGGGCUUUGCUCCGCUCACCUGUCACUCAUCCAGGCUAGUCUGAGCAUGCCCAGUCUGUUCUUUGGGACAGGCUUUAGCACAGUAACCCCACCUACCGCCUUUCUCACAGUCAGGUACUGGGACUGUUAGUGGUGAUGGGAGAGUGAGGCUUCAUGUGCUCAAAUAUGGAUGGACCUAUGAUGAACUGCCAAUCACCUGUUUAAUCCAAUCAGAAGAGUUUUACCCUCCACAGCAAAGCACAAUGAUUUAAUGCAGCUAAUAGCAUGUAGCAUCUCUGCCUGUGUUUGGGUUAAUGAAUCCUUAUUUUCCCCAUCGUUAUGUCCAGCUACGCACCCACACUUUUCUAUGCUGUGUCCAUGGGUAAUUAGAGCCUGGCCUCCAUAGAAACACAUUCACAGUUGGUUCCCCUUUGGGAUGUUCUUGUAGUACUUCGGUGUUGUGUUGACUUGGUGGAAUUCAUUUUUGCCAUUGUAACUGGCUUUUCUUUUUUUUUUUGCUGAGAUUAUAUCAAGGAUUUCUACUGUAGUCAAGCGUUGGUGAUAAGCUUGUUCCAUGACUGAUGGUACUCUUGUGAAUUGCGUGAAGGUUUUCAGUCCUGGUCGAGACAUUUCCGCAGGUGGUCAGUAGGGGGUGCUCUGCAGUCUGAACUGAAGUGUAAAAACACUUGUUUUGGUUAUUGUAACUGUUUCCUCUUUUUUUUUUUUCCUUUUCCUCAAAAUCGAAGGAGUGAAUAAUUUAAGGGGGGAAAAACAGUUUUCAUAAGUGCUUUAUAUUAAUGAUGUUUAUCUGUUGUGGUUUCUGUUCAUUCGAAUAUGGUCUUUUUCUGUCAGGACCUCAUGUUUUCAGAUUUUUUUUUUUUGGUUUUUGUUCGUUUUUCGUGGUGUUUUUCCAUGUAUAUAUACUUGACGAUGUAGUUAGACUUUUCAAAUUUUUAACUUAAAAUGCAAGUCAGAAACCGAACUAUGAAACGGAGCAGUUGCUAUUGUCUACAUGAAGGUAAAACCUAAGAUUACUAAUUAUAUAACACACAUAUUACUGUAAUGUGUCUGUUGACAGUUGCUUUCAGAUGGUGAAGUUUGGUUCAUUUUUGUGUUUGCAGAGGUGAAUAUGGUAGGCAAAUUUGUAAAUCCAACUGGAAAUAUUUUACUAAGGACCACUGUCCCCCUCAGGGGCCAGAAUUUGUACUUGAUAAACAUUCAGGGGUAGAAAAACUGUAAAUCUGUGUUGACAUGCUCACCUGUUCUAUCUUUUUACCAUUUAAACAUUUCUACACUCGUGCAUCGUCUAGAGCAGACUUACGACUUUAUUUGCUUCCUACCAUCCAUCUCAUGAUAAUUAUUUUUUUAUUAACGGUAAAUCUAAUCGGGCAACCAAAAUGAUAUAGGUGUAUAGAGUAUAUGGCUUCAUGUUUAAGUAUUGUGUAUGUAAUCAGUAUUAGGCCAUAAAAGAGGUGGGGGAGAGUAGUCGGAGGGUUGUUACAGUCAAUUCGCCUGUCACUGUAGAUUUUAGUUUGGUCCCGGCAGACGCAAACCCUUCUCCUGGGUAGUCAGUCCUGUUUUUAACACUGUUUCGUAGGAAGGGGCCUUUUUUUUCUGUCAUCAUAUCGGAUUUGAAGAUUCGACACGUUCGGAUGAACACUCGGGUGUGACAGGAAGUGCGCUGCUUGGCGGUUCUGUGUAAGUGUCAGAGGAGGAUGUUGUGUUUUGACAGGGACUCUGAGCUCAGUUUGGGCAGUGAUGUUUAAGGAGAAAAUGUUUUUUUUAAUAUUCUGUCACAGUCAUCUCAGUGCAGAAUCGGGCUGUUUCUUUCAGCUGGUUUUCAGAGAUCUGGAUGUGUUGCAGAUAACGUGGAGGUGUGGGCAUGUCUGCUUGUUGGGUUGUGAGAGGAGAGUUAAAACAGGGUUGGUGAAAUGGAGAUAUUUAGCCUGUUUUGUGUCAGGGGACAGUGUGUGCCCAGAGAAAUUAAUAGAGGUGAGAAUGAGCACCGCCUGGCUAUAGAUUUGCAGGACAUUUGACAAUUUCUUUUUGUUUUUUUGAAGAAAAGGAAUUUACGUCUUCUCUUGGAGAUCUCUCAGACCUCUGUUUUGAUCUAGCAGUGCCUUGGCCUUCAGAGUAAGUUCUGUGUCCUAGCACAUUGGGGGGGGGGUGGGAUGCAUCUCCCUCUACUGAUUGGCUGCCUAUCUGUGUGGUUCACCUGACAGCUGCCACGCUGCAAAGUCACAUUGUGCACCCCUAACUGAACAUACCAACUCAAAAUGGAGUGCAUUUUGUACCAUUACAACGGUGGUGUUUGGAUGGUUCCUUCUUUCCAAAGCUGUAAAGAGCCUCAAAGAGAGAUUUUUGAGAAUUUUUAAUCCCACACUGUUCUCUCCAUAAGAAAAAAGUGUCUGGCGUGUUUUGUAAUGUUUUUAGUGUUGUGUGGCCGAGACAAAAUCAGGUGAAUUGGUUAAAUUUGUGGAAGUUGAGGACGUGGUUCCGUCAGAAAGUAGCCCUGGAUCUUGCAGGGGGGUUUUGAGAAGGAGGGGUAAAUUGUGAGCGCUUUGAAGCCAGUUUUAAGGUUUUUGUUUCUGUUUUGCCGUUGGUCUUCUCCUGCGGCCAUUUUCUUCGCACCUGACGUAAGAGCUCGAGCCACUGGAGAGUGGAGCGAGCGGUGGGCUGUGCUUCUUCGCUCACGCGUUGCUAGCGAAGCGUCGCUACGUCGUGUCAGUGGCGCGGUUAGCAUAACCUGGCCUAGACGAGGACCUCCCCGGUGUAGUUGCUGCUUAAACUGAAGUUUCGUGUUUGGUAUUGUGUGUCUACAGAACUAACUAUUCUUACUCCCACAAUGGUCGCUACGACUGUAGAAUAGAACAGUGCCUUAGGGUGAGAAUAGCCUGUAAAUGUGUUACUCUUGUUAACUGAAAGGGUUCAGAUGUACUCACCUGGGUUAUGACAAUCAUUCUACCCGAACCAGGCGGUGAACACCGUUUGCUUAACUGUUCUGGGCUGUGUGGACGUUUGGAUAUCCCUGUCCACGCGCCGUUCAUUUGUAAAUACAUCUCCUGAAGUGUACUGAGCUAAAUAUGAAAUGUUGGAAAUAUGGAAUGUUAAAAUAAAGUUUUGCUAAAUAAAAGCUAUUUAAAGAAUAAA